UACACUCUCAUUUUUCCUUAUCAUAUAGGCACAUCUCUUCAAAAAAUGGGGAAAAACAAGUCCAAGGCAGAGGCUACCGGCAAAUCCAAGAGCAAGACUCUGGCUAAAACCAGCUAGGCCUACUUGGACGGGUCGUUCCAGUGGUUCAACAGCGAGGGGGAGCUUACCCGGUUCGUCAUGCACUUUGCCAAGCGGGCAGUGGGCACCUCCACGAAUCCUCCCGGAGAGUUACCCAGAGCAAAAGGGCUAUGACACGCUUGAUGCUCAGCUCCACCAAUCUGGACUUUGGUCGUUUGACUUUAAGUCCUGGAAGGACAUCAACCCAGCACUGGUUCGGGCCUUCUACUCAAACCUUCGGCAUGAAGGUGACGUUCUCUACACAAGGAUUCAAGAACACAAUGAUCGAUCUCACCAUGGAGAGGGUUGGGUGCAUUGUCAGGCUGCCCUAUCAAGGCAUCACCGAACUUGUUCGUCAUCCCACUGUUCAUCCCACCAUUCACUCGGCGACUCCGGAAAGUCGACUACUGAUCUACAUAAUCACCCGGAUCCUCAAGUCCAGGCAUGGCACCCAUACCACAAUAUUCAGCAAGGAUCUCAAGGUCAUCCACACCAUCAUGCACAUGGCACCAAUCAAUUGGGCAAAGCUCGUGAUGUUGUACAUGGCCGACGCCGCCACCAUCACCAACGACCGAAUUCUACCCUAUGCCUUCUUAAUCAUGGAGAUCCUUGAGUGGGCCCAAGUCGCCGUCUCCCAUGGGCCUCUCACUCGGGCCACGAAGCUUUGGACCAUCCAUGACCAAACCUUUAAGAAAAGCCAAAAUUCCUGCAAAUUUUCUUUGCUCUCUCUUGUUGACAUCGCAGGAGGUCAAAGAAAGAGAUCGCGCACCGGGAAGAACGUCGCUUCCUCCUCGGCUCCUGCUCCACCACCGGCGCACAAGUACCUCGAUGGGUCGUUCCUUUGGUUCAACGACCGCGCAGAGACGACGCGGUUCUCGGAGAAGUUUGAGCACCGGGAAAUUCUCCCUCCCUGGUUCUCCACCGCCCGCUUCAUUCACGAUUCAAUUCCACGCGAGGCACGAGUUAUCCUCGAACGAGGAAACUUCAUCGAUCUCCUCUACAUCAAGAAGGCUCACUAUCAACCUUUUCUUGUUCGAGCUUUCUACUCGAAUCUGAAAAAGGAUGAGGACGGAGCGUUGAUUUCAAACGUCAACGGGGUGGAUAUCUAUUUGAAUGAGGAGAACAUUCAAAUACUCACCGGGCUUCGUCAGAAUGGAGAAGAUCUCGGUCUCUACGUCGGAGAGGGAGGGGCACGGUUCAACGAAACCGCCCUCUUGGAGGAAGUGGGAAUCCGGAAUUUUGCCCCCACUCCCCAACAGCGAAGCCCGACGAUUACUUCCAUGAAUCCUGUGUUUCGAUUCAUAUUCUAUGUUUUGACACGGAUCCUCAAGCCAUGGAAGUACAAUCACACCGCUCUCUCCCAAAAGGACACCAAAACGCUUCAUGCGAUGAUUCACAAUGCCAACAUUAAUUGGUGUAAAUUUGUGAUGACUCACAUGUUUAGCGCCACCUCCGACGAUCGAUCGCUCCCCUGCGCCAUCCUCAUCAUGGCGAUUCUUGAUGAGUACAACAUCAAGACCGACGUUGGGCCGAAGAUAAAGGGGACAAAGCAUUGGGAGAUUGAUGAAUCCUCCUUUCACUCGGGCACCGACGAGACUCCGUUUCGACAGCCUCGUCCACGACGCCAACCAAGGGAUACUUCUUCAAACACCCCAUCUCUAGCCGAGCAAAUGGCCGCCUUGACCGCCACUACCAACGUCUCCCAAACGGCCCAAAACGUCAACAUUUUGAGCCGUGAGCUCCACGGGUAUUUUGACUUUGUCAACUACCCUUACGCUCAAAUGGUCCCCUACGCUCCUCCACCGAAUCUCGGGGGUGAACCAAGCGGGACUAACAACGUUGGUAGAGAAGAAGAGGUGAACAAUGAGGAAGAAGAGGAAGAGGAAGCCGAAGAAGAAGAAGAAGAUGAUGAUGAUGAUGAUGAUGAUGAAGAGGAAGACAUCGACGAAGAACAACUCCUCGAUGAUCUUUCACCGGAUUUCUAGAGCUCUAGCUCUUUUCUCUUCUCUUCUUUAUUUAUAUGCUUUUUUCAAAUUUGCUUCCGUUAUGUACUCCGCUGUUUCUCUUAUUUUAAUAAAUUAAAAAUCUUUAU